AUGAGUGAGAAUGAUUGCAACAAUCCACCCAUGUAUUGGACAAUCCAUGGCCUCUGGACUGAUAAAGCAGAAGAUUGUGAUAAAACCUGGCACUUCAACAUAACAGAAAUUAAGAAUAUCUUGGUAGACAUGAGGCAAUACUGGCCAGAUGUGCUUCAUGAAAAUAGAACAAAGUUCUGGGUGAAGUACAAACAAUUGGCCAAAUCAAAUUCUGUUUCACGAAGGAUUUUUUCCUGAGAAACUCUACUGAGUCAAAGGUUGAUGCCUUUUCUGCAGGUGGAAAUAUGUUCUUUAGAACUGAAGAGCUCUCUAUGUGUAAUGACACAUUGACAAAUUACCCUUCACAUGUGCAGCUUUACAAGGGAAGCAACAAGAAAUUUGAAUCACUUUGCCAAAUAUUGUUGAUAUUUUUAAAAAUAGUAGCGUCUGGAUUAAUCUCUAUUCUACAAGGGCAUUAUUUGUCAAAAAUUUGUAAGUUAAGUGAUUUGGGUGUACAUGCAUAAAUUACAAUAUUCAUGCUGCAGAUAAUAGAGAGGAUUGACUGCUAUGUUGUGACUACAUUUUGGACUACUGGAGUGCCAUUAUAUAUUUACUUUAAACAGAAA